AACCAAACCACAGAGUCUUUUAAAGCAAGAAGAGAAGCCCACAGGGAGCUCAAAUUCAAGUAGAGCAAUGGCAGCCUCAGUCAUGGCUUCUUCCUUGAACCUCAAACCAGCCCCUUUCGUCGUCGAGAAAUCCUCCGCAAGAGGCUUCCCCUCUCUUGCCAGAACCACCGCCCCUUUCAAAAUUGUCGCCAGUGCAAAAAAAAAGCUCCAGACUGAUAAGCCCUAUGGAAUCAGCGGUGGCAUGGCCUUGAGGGAUGGUGUUGAUGCAUCAGGCAGAAAGCCUACGGGAAAGGGCGUGUACCAAUUUGUUGACAAGUAUGGAGCUAAUGUUGAUGGAUACAGUCCGAUCUACGACACUAGAGACUGGUCUCCGAGCGGCGAUGUUUAUGUGGGUGGCCCAACUGGAUUGGCAAUCUGGGCAGUUACUCUUGUUGGCGUUCUCUCAUUAGGAGCCCUUCUUGUGUACAACACAAGUGCUUUGGUACAGUAGACUAAGACAAGACACGCGUUAUGUUUAUGUUGUAAUGUAAUGUAAGGUAAUAUACUACAAUACUUGUUCAUCUAAUUGUUCAAACAGAAUUCUACAACUACUUUUGGUUGGUGUAUCUAGUUGUGCAAUGUUUUGGUGUGGAUUUAAUUUGAGAGCAGCUGGUAAUCUUUAAUGUGACA